AUGGAGCUGAUCGUGAAGGAAGCUCGCAAAGUCUGGAUUCCCAACCACCCUACGCACGGAUACAGGCCUGGGCAGGUGGAUGACAACGCGGAUGCAGGGGAGAAUCUGCUGGUUGUUGAUGCGGAGGGCAAGAAGUUCCAGGUUCCCAAGGCGGAGGCCCUGGCAGUGGACCCAGCCUGCUUGACGGGCGUGGAUGAUCUGUUGACAUUGGGCGACUUCAACGAACCUGCUCUCCUCCACAACAUCCGAGUGCGAUAUGAGGAGGACAAGAUCUACACGGGCAUCGGGACACCGAUCCUGAUCUCUGUGAACCCCUAUCAGAACAUUCCGGGCCUUUACAGCGUGGAACGUAUGCGCGAGUACAAGCGCUAUGCUGCCAAAGCUCCCAGCCAGGUAGCCGGAGGUGGACUGCCCGUUCACCUCUACUCCGUUGCUGAUGCAGCAUAUCGUGCAAUGCUCCAGGAAAAGGCCAGCCAAUCCAUUAUCAUCUCAGGUGAAAGUGGAGCAGGCAAGACAGAGGCGACGAAGCGCAUGCUCGCGUAUUUGGCCGAGCUGCAGUCUUCAAGGCCGCAUGACACAGGAGAAAGAACCCGUUCAGUCGAGUCACAAGUCCUCGAUGCCAAUCCGGUCUUGGAAGCGUUUGGCAAUGCCAAGACGGUGAGGAACGACAACUCCUCCAGAUUUGGCAAGUUCAUAGAAGUGGAGUUUGACUCAGCCGGCAAACUGCUGAGCGCACAGAUUUCUAACUACUUGUUGGAGAAGUGCCGCAUCGUAACGCAACAGCCCGAGGAACGCAAUUAUCACAUAUUCUACCAGCUGUGCGCCGCUGCUGCUCGGAAGGGUGAAGAUCUUCCGGAAGGGCUGCAGCUCCAUGCAGCCGACGACUUUGAGUAUAGCAAGGUUUGCUUGUCUAUUCCGGGCGUGGAUGAUGCCGCAGAGUUCGCCAGUGUCCUGGAGUGCAUGGUCAGCCUCGGCUUCUCCAAAGAGGAGCGCGACACCAUCUUCAAAAUUAUUGCCGCUGUGCUCCAUCUUGGGGAAGCCCAGUUUACGCACUGCGUCCGAGAAGGGCAGGAUGGGAUCUCCGUGGCAGAUGACAGAUCUGUUUCUUUGGCAUGUGAGUUGCUGGGCCUCCCUAUAGAGCAGAUGCAAGAUGUCUUGGAGCACAAGACCUUGGAGGACCCACUGACAAGGAAGAUCAUCCAAAUGCCGCAAGAUGCGGCAUCAGCAUCGUUUACUCGGCACUCGAUGGCCAAGGUGAUCUACGCUCGCUUGUUCGACUGGCUUGUCUGGCGCAUCAACGAGAGCAUCUGCAACAAAGGAUCGCAGAAAGAUAUCCGCAAGAUUGGCUUGCUGGACAUUUACGGGUUUGAAGUGUUUGACUGGAAUUCGUUCGAACAGCUUUGCAUCAACUUUGCUAACGAGAAGCUGCAGCAGCAUUUCAACAUGCACAUGUUUACCCUUGAGCAGCGGUUGUACACCUCCGAAGGAAUCACAUGGGAUCAUAUACAGUACCAGAACAACCAGCACAUUAUUGACACCCUCGAGCGCAAGCCACUUGGGCUCUUCUGCCUUAUCGAUUCAGAGUGCUUAAUGCGCUCAGCCACCGAUGCCACGCUUCUUUCCAAGAUUCAAAACUCUUACAAGAACUCCAAUGUCAUCUCAAAGGCAUCGAGGUUUGCGACAACAGAGUUCAAGAUUUCUCAUUAUGCGGGGGACGUAACCUACAGUGUGGACACAUUCCUUGAGAAGAACACGGACAAGCUUCAUGCUGAUGUGGUGACCUUGUUCAAAGAGUCGAAGCUGGAAAUGGUGAAGAGACUCUUCACCGACAAUCGCUUUUCACCUGAAACCAAGCCAGCUGCAAGUGGUGCGCGGCCACUGCGUCGUCAAAGUACACGCACUGGUACCGACGACCAGCGCCGCGAGCGGCAGAAUGUGACUGUCAGCAUGAUGUUUCGGGAGCAGCUGGAUCGGCUUGUCGAGGAUCUCAACAAGACGAACCCCCGCUAUGUCAGGUGCAUCAAGCCGAAUGCUCUCAAGCAGCCAAACGAACUGGACUCCUUGGAUGUACUGAGGCAGCUGAGAUGCGCGGGCAUGCUGGAGUCGAUUCGCAUUCGCAGAGCAGGCUAUGCAGUGCGCAGGCCGUUUAAGGAGUUUUUCUCUAGAUUCCGGAUCCUGGCACCACACUUAGUAGCCACAGGGGCUGACCCUGACUACAGAAGCCUGUGCCAGCGCCUUGUGGCAGAGGUCGAAGAGCGACUAGGCAAACAAGGUGUGGCCUUAGAGGAGAAGUCGUGGCAGAUGGGCCAGACGCGUGUCUUCAUGAAGGAAGACCUUGAGAGACGCAUGGAGCAGAUGAUCGUGGAGUCUGCCAAACGACAGGUGCAAACAAUUCAACGAUGCUGGCGAGGUUUUGCAGACAGACGGAGGUUCCGCGUAUGGCGUAGUGCAGCACUCCAGUUCCAGGCGGCUGCUCGCACAGUCAUCAGGGUCCGCAGCUUCCAGAGGAUUCGAACGGCAGCACUGGACGUCCAAGCCUCCAUGAAGACAGUGCUGGCCAAGGCACGUCUGCAGAGGCAGAAGGAAGCCUCCAUCGAGAUCCAGGCAGCUCUACGAACAGUUGGGGCACUCGCGCAGCUGGAGCAGCUGAAGCGCCAGGCCGCGGCCGAAGCCGCAGCCGCCGAGGCGGCGGCGAUGCAAGCGUCCGCAGCCCAGUCAGCUGCUGCUCAGGCGGCCGCCGCCCAGGCGGCUGCUGAGGCCGCAGCCCAGGCCCAGGCAGCUGCGGCUGCGGCGGCAAAGCCAGCGGCCGUGGAGGAGUUCUUUGCAGACCCGGCCAACGUGCGAGUGUCUGCAGAUGGGGAGCGUUCCCCGAUGUCCAAGCAGGGAGCGCUCCCUGAGGGACAGCGGAACGAGACGAAAGAUGAAACUCCGCCUUCGGGCGCUUUCGCAGGGGAUCUGGAGUUGAGCGUGCGAAAGCUGGAAGCAUCGCCAAAGACGGGCCUCGGCACUGUGAAUUUGGAUGCCAGCAUCCGAAAUGCGGCGCUCAACCUCGGCGGAGGAGGCGCUCUGGACUCGUUGCGGUCGGAACUCAUGGCGAGACUCGAGGGAGGUGCACGGGAAGGAGGUAUUGAUCCUUCGCACCCACUCAGCAGCUCGCUGCGACAUGCAGACGGCCUGCCUUUGAAGGGCCAACUCGUCACGAAUGGCAAGUCCUCGCUACAAGGUCUUCCGGAUGAGGAGGAUUUCCCGCUGAGGAAAACCAUCAUGAAUCAGCGGAAAAUCAUGGAACAGCUGCAGCAGCAGUUCAAGGAAGCACUCGUGGUGAAGCCGGGAGAAGAGGAGCUGAAGCCUCUCGAGGAUGGCGAGGCCAGCCAGGAGCAGAUGCAGCAGCUCCAGGAGGAAAUCAAGAAGCUCCGCAGCACUAUCGGAACACUCAAGGCGAGCCUCAGCAGUUGCCAGCAACAAGAAGCAGCGCGGGCGUCGGAAGCAAGCGAGUACCUGGAGAAGGUUGGUUUGCUCUCCGCCCAGUUGGAGGACAUUCACCGCACGCACAGGGAGGAGCUGAGCAACGAGCGGAAGCGGAGCCAGGAGCUCCGAGGAGAGGUCGAGAGGCUCAGCAGGAGCUUGCAAGACACGCAAGGAGAGGCGGCUUUGUGGCGGUCAGAAGCACAGCAGGCCACGGUCAGCUUCACCGCCGAGAAGGAGCGACUGGAAGAGCUGGAGCGGAGUCGCAAGGACUUCGUCUUGCAGGAAACCCAAGCGAAUUGGAGAGAGGAGAAAGACAGGUUACUGCGAGAUCUACAGGCCAAAGACCGGGAGCUGUAUGGUCUGAAGCAGGCCCUUGACAACAUUGGCUCGAGCCGUGCCCCACUUGAGGAGCUCCAGAGGUGGAAGGCAGAGGCUCAGAGACUACAAAAGCAGGUGGACCAGGCGAAGCGGACUUCGAGAGAGUACGAGUCCGCUGUUGGGCAUCUGCAAAAUGCUGCCUCCAGUCAAGGUGGCGAAAGACAGGCCCUAGAAAUACGCCGUCUUCUCAGAGCUGUGUUGCAGAACUCGGAAAAGCAGGCUCAAGAGCUCAAGAAGAUGGAGCUUGAGAAGAAGGAUCUGAAGGAGCAGAUGGAAAGUAUCCGGACCGCCUCUGAGUACUUUCAGAGCCAGUACAAGGCCACCUACGCCGAGUUGCAAAAGCAGAAGGCCAAAGCCGCCGAAGUCACGGAAGGCUCCCUGGCCUUUCGUCGAGCGAGUGUUGAGUUGCAAACGGCUGGUGGCAAAAGUGUUAUUUCUGUGGAGGCAAGUCCAAGCUUACGCCAAGCCCGGGAGGAGAGGACGCAGCCCGAAAUGGGCAGAGCUUCCUUGCUUUCCGAGCUCAACCUGAGUGGUCAAUUCAGAAAUCUAAGGGCUUGCGGCAUGGCUGAGAUUAAGCGCAGCUUCAACGAUGAGAUGGGCUUCCUCAAGCGGGAGGACACUACUUGCUACUCAAUCAGGCCAGGCUUUGUGACUGGUAUGAAUGUGCCUGGCAAGUUCUAUGUCAACGACCAGCUUGAGCGCUUAAUGAUCGAUGAGCUGCGCAGCUUCAGCAGGCAGUCCCACAAUGCGGGAGGAUUUCUGCCAGCUGUGAAGCAGAUUGGGAACGUGGCGGCUUUGCCUGGCAUUGUCAAGUAUUCCAUUGGCCUCCCUGACAUUCACAGUGGAUACGGCUUUGCGAUCGGAAACGUCGCUGCGUUUGACAUGGGUCUUCCAGAAGCUGUUGUUUCUCCUGGCGGUGUUGGGUUCGAUAUCAACUGCGGUGUGAGGCUCGUGCGCACGAACCUCCUUUAUUCGGAUGUGCAGCCGGUAAAGGAGACUCUGGCUCAGUCGCUCUUCGAUCACAUUCCUGUCGGUGUCGGUUCGAUGGGUAUCAUUCCUACGAAAGAGCAAGAUCUGGAGGAGGCACUACAGCUUGGCAUCGAUUUCUCUCUUCGAGAAGGCUACGCUUGGCCCGAGGACAAGGAACACUGCGAGGAGUAUGGCCGCAUGUUGAACGCCGAUCCUGGGAAGGUUUCCAGCCGAGCAAAGAAGCGUGGGCUGCCUCAGCUAGGCACACUCGGCGCAGGGAACCAUUAUGCCGAGAUCCAGGUGGUUGAUGAAAUCUACGACGAGUUCGUCGCCAAGAAGAUGGGCAUUGACCAAAAGGGACAGGUAUGUGUCAUGAUCCAUUCUGGCAGCCGUGGACUGGGACAUCAGGUUGCCACCGAUGCCUUGGUGGACAUGGAGCGGGCGAUGACGCGGGACAACAUCCGCACCAACGACCGUCAGUUGGCAUGUGCCCGAAUACAGUCUGACGAGGGUCAGAACUAUUUGAAGGGCAUGUCUGCAGCUGCCAACUACGCCUGGGUGAACCGCUCUUCGAUGACUUUCCUGACACGCCAGGCUUUCGCCAAGGUCUUCAAUCAGUCUCCUGAAGAUCUGGAUAUGCAUGUUAUUUACGAUGUCUCCCACAAUAUCGCCAAGGUGGAAGAACAUUUCGUAGAUGGCCAGUGCAAGCAGCUGCUGGUGCACAGAAAAGGCUCCACCCGAGCCUUUCCGCCGCACCACCCACUGAUUCCUGUGGAUUAUCAGUUGACCGGCCAGCCCGUCAUCGUCGGAGGCACCAUGGGAACCUGCUCGUACGUGCUGACUGGUACCGACAAAGGCAUGAGAGAAACAUUUGGCAGCACCUGCCAUGGAGCCGGGCGCGCUUUGAGUAGGAACAAGUCGCGGAAUAAUCUGGACUAUGGUGACGUCCUGAAGAGACUAGAGGACAUGGGCAUCUCGAUUCGAGUCGCCUCGCCAAAGCUCAUCAUGGAAGAGGCUCCAGAGAGCUACAAGGACGUGACGCAGGUGGUGCAGACUUGCCUCGGCCUCGGAUGUGUUUUCGCAGUUGCGCCUGCUUCCGGCGCUCUCACAGGCCACGAUGCCGGCAUCUCCAAGAAGGCUAUCAAGCUCAAGCCGGUCAGCUACAGAGAGCCUCAUACCAGUGGAGCCAUGUCUGUGACAGACCAUGGCGACACGGAUUGCAACAUCUGCUUCGAACCCCUGGAGUCCAGGGGUGGUGCGGUUGCCCUUCCGUGCAACUGCAAGAUUGCCUACUGUGCACGAUGUUGGGACAGAUCGCUGGCGGCAAGUAUGUCGUCUUGCGGCAUGGCAUUGUGCCCCUCCUGCCGAUGUUGUAUGCAGGUGGACUUCGACCCCAACAGCUGCCAACUAAUGUUCCGACGAUCUGCAGACAAAGGCUCUUCAAGCACUUCUGCAAGAAUGAGGGAUUUGCGGACCCAUCUUUAUGAUCAGGCCAAGCCAGUGCAGAUAAAGUUGCUGCGGGCAUAUGGCGACAAGGUGGGUCAGCCUGGUACAAGGACUUCCAAAGAUAUGGAGACUGAGGACCAUGUCCCUCGUUGUGUUUGCGGCAGCAAGCUGGCCUGCACAAGCGUGCGGGACCGCGUUCGAAGUUUCGUGGAGGAGGAGACACCAGUUCCGGUGACAGACAGCGAGCUCGAGCAUUUGCUCCGCAGCCCCCCGAUUAUGUGCGAUAUCUGCAACUCUCAGGUGGCUGCUUCGGCUGAUGUUUGGACCUGCGAGAACGGGCGCAAGACGGUUCUGCAUGCCGUCGCAUACGAUGUUUGUCAGGCCUGUUUCAACUACUAUGCGUUUGGCACAGAGAGGGAAGUUGUGAAUGACGAGGAUGAUGAGGAGGAGGGCAGCGACUACAUGGACUCCGAUGACUCUGAAUCCGAGUCAAGUGACGACGAAGAAGGUUGUGACGUCUCCGAUGGACCAGCCUCAAGUCCGAAUGCUUGCUGA